UCUCCCCAGAGGCUCUCCCCCUUGGUACAAAAAUUUAAUGAUUUGGACAGAGACUUCAAGUCAGCCUCGGAUCUGGACAACAUCCAGGACCUCAUACAGGAGGUGGAUGACUUGCUGGAGAGCCCAGGGGACCUGGAGACCUGGCCCCACUCAGAUCAGAACUAUGUGGCCACUAACCUGCUCCUCAACAUGGAACAUGUCGUCAGAAAGUUGAGCAAGGCCCCACCCAAUGAAUCGCUGACCUUUAAAGCAACCGGAGGCACAGAACUGUCUCUGAAGAUAAAGAAGCAAGGAGACAGGACGGUCACCUUCAGUGUUAACCAGACAAAGAUGAUGCUGGACUGGGAUGCAGUACAGGAAUCUGGUGAUUCAGGUCCGUCUACGGUGGGCCUUUUGUCCACCCCGGGAAUGGGCAAGUUGAUGGCUGAAGCCCCCCUGGUUCUACAAGCUGAGGAGCAGUCAGUUCUGCAUGAGACACACAAGGGCCUGUUGCAGGAAGUCUCCCUCAUCCUGUUCUCAGAUGUCAUCUCUGUCUUUGUGAGCAAUAACACCCAGAACCUAAGCUCCCCAGUCACCUUCAUCUUCAAGCAUGCAGUGGCCCCAGAGCCACAGCAGAAGCUUUUCUGUGUCUUCUGGGAGUCUGGCCAGAAUAAAAGUUAUUGGUCCACCAAAGGCUGCUGGAGGGUGGGCACCAGAGACGCCAGCACCACCUGCCAAUGCAGCCACCUCAGCAGCUUUGCUGUCCUCAUGGCCCACUAUGAUGUGCAGGGGGAGGAUCCCGCCCUGGCUGUGAUCACCUACGUGGGGCUGAGCCUCUCUCUGCUGUGCCUCCUCCUGGCGGCCCUCACCUUCCUGCUGUGCAAAGCCAUCCAGAACACCAGCACCUCACUCCACCUGCAGCUCUCGCUCUGCCUCUUCCUGGCCCACCUGCUCUUCCUCACGGCCAUAGACAGAACUGAGAACAAGGUGCUGUGCGCCGUCAUCGCGGGUGCCUUACACUAUCUCUACCUGGCCUCCUUCACCUGGAUGCUGCUGGAGGGCCUGCACCUCUUCCUCGCCGCUUGCAACCUAAGGGUGGUCAACUACUCCAGCGUGAGCAGGUUCAUGAAGUGGCUCAUGUUCCCUGUGGGCUACGGAGUCCCGGCUGUAAUCGUGGGCAUUUCUGCAGCAUCCAGGCCUCACCUUUAUGGAACACCUGCCCGAUGCUGGCUCAGCACACAAAAGGGAUUUAUAUGGACCUUCCUUGGCCCCGUCUGCACCAUCUUCUCUAUUAACUUGGUCUUCUUUCUGAUGACCAUCUGGAUUCUGAAAACCAAGCUCUCCUCACUCAACAAGGAUGUGUCCACCCUCCAGAACACGAGGAUGUUGACAUUUAAAGCAAUGGCUCAGCUCUUCAUCUUGGGCUGCACGUGGUGUCUGGGAAUCCUGCAGGUGGGUCCAGCUGCUCAUGCUAUGUCCUAUCUCUUCACCAUCAUCAACAGCCUGCAGGGCGUCUUCAUCUUCCUGGUGUACUGCCUCCUCAGCCAGCAGGUCCAGGCGCAAUACAGGAAAUGGUUGAAAGGAGUCAAGGAAACCAAAGUCGACUCUGAGAAGUACACACUCUCCAGCAGGGCUAUGUGUAAAGUCUCCAAACACAAUGUGGAGAAUGAAAUUAACAACUACACCAGAUGAUCCUGUCUCCUGGAAAAUAAGGAAAACACUGAACAGUCAUCCUUUGGGCAAAGAAUAUAGAAAAUACUUUUUGUGUCUGUUACAAGUAACUCUUCAUGGCACCAUUGUGGGAGAAAGUAUACAGGAAAUGUUUGACAUUCAUUUACUAGAGAAUUGGGGUCUUCUGGUCCACACAGUAUGCGCAGCUCAAUCCCAGCAUAGUCAGGGAGCUAAGACCCAAUUCCUCACUUGUCUUGGGUUAAACCUUCCACUUCAACCUGUUUUUCUACAAAAAUGUUCCUCAAGUUAAAUAUAUAUAAACAAGGAAAAUCAUCAUCAAAUGUCUAUCUUAAAACAACAUAUAAAAGUAAUGUUCAAAUACCUGUAUUUGGCCUCCCUACCUACAUGCCUUGACUUCACUCUUCAUUUCUAAAGACUUACUAAUUUUUCAUUUAAAAAUAUUUCUCUUACUCACCAUGUGCUGCACACAGAUCAAGACAAAUCCAGUUCCUGAUUUCACAAAGCUUAUAUGUAAAGAAAAUGUUAGAAUAAAAUCAAUAGUUUCUACAUCCUUGCAUUUUAUAAAUUUGAGUUUUAUGCAAGGUGUGUAUUGCUACAGUAUAUUGUGUAAUUGUGUUUAUAUUACUUCACCUAGGCAAAACCCAAUCCAGAGCAAUUUCACCUGUAAGAAAUUCCCUAUGGAUUUCCACAGACCAUAUUUGUAUAAUUUGAACAUAUGGGGAAAUGCCUAUAAAUGACCUUAACAUUAAAAAUAUCCAUGAGUCCAUAGUGAUACCUAAAAAUAUCAGCUAAUAAUUUUAGAAGAUGAGAUAAAAUUAGAAAAUCAUGAUUUUGCAAUAUCAAGUAAAUGGCCACUAAAAAAAAAUGUAAAAAGCUGUUAGAGGACAGGCUAGUCAGUCCCACACUGCCAAA